UGAACUACGAAGACAGCCAUUAUUUUUGCGCGCGCAAUGCAUUCUGGGUCGAUGACGCAUAUUGGUUGUGUCGGUUGUGUUCAGAACAGAGAGAGGUGAGCUAGUGGCGCUAUGUUUAACUGUAGCUACAUCCGAAAAGUGAAUAUAAUGCCACAUUGUGCAGCGUUUGGUUGUAAUUUCCAGUCCAAAGGCAACAGGGGAGUGAUGUAAGCCUCCACUCCUUUCCAAAGGAGAAGAAAAUAAGAAAAGAGUGGGAAGUUGCUUGCGGAAGAGUACAACUCCCUAAAGACCCACGGCUGUGUUCCCGUCACUUCAGCCCUGAUGCGUUUGAGGCAUUUAGUCGGCUAAAAGAGCUCACAGGUGCAGCUAGUUACAAGCGAAGACUAAAACCAAAUGCCGUGCCUUCAAUUUUCCCCCACAAGAAGCAUAGCAAGCGUCCGCGCAUAGCGAGUGAAAGCCGCGCUAACAAACGACAAAGGCAAGCGACUCCGGACACUCUACUGCUAGGAUGUAAACAACCCGCUCCUGCAGUCGCGGAAGACGAAUCAUCGGACACUACGCCGAUCAUGGAGGUAACCGACAAUCCACCAGAUGCUGUUAAUGAAUCCACUGUAACGUUAGGCCUACAGAGUUCUCCUAGUAUGGUUGAUGCAGCAACGCAGACGGAUGUUAACCAGUCGGAUGCAGCGGUACAGUGGCCAGCUGAUGUGGACUACCCGGUAAAAAAGGACCAUAGUUACACAGGUAAACAUGAAAUUGAGAUGGGCAAACGUGUACAGGAGGAUGACAUUGAUAACUCCCAGGAUCUGUUCCUCUCAAAUGAUGAACUUGGCGAACAGAGUCAACCACAGUGCAGUCACUUUGAUCCGGAAUACAUUGUAAGUUCAUCUGAGUUUUCUCAAAGCACCCAGGAAUCACAAGCUUCAACCAACACGCAUAAAGAAAUGAGGGUUUUUCUAGUUUUUGAGGAACAGUUAAACCAAUUGCUUCAGCGUUGUUUAAAGUGUGGCUCCCUGAUUGUCCAGGAAGAAGUGAAAGAGUUAAAAAUUGAAGGAUCACAGUUGACACUUGAGAUCACAUGUGCUAACAACUGUAGUUACAGAUGGCAGUCUCAGCCUACUCUGAGUGGGACCAAAGGGACAGGAAACCUGCUUUUAACAGCAUCAGUUUUCUUCAGUGGCAUCCGUUUUGCUAAAUUUGAGCAUUUCUGUAGUAACAUGAACCUCAAAACAAUUAGUGAAGACACAUACACAUCACUGAGGAAGAAGUUUGUGUUUCCUGUCAUUCAAAAAACGUGGAUUAAAGAGCAGAGUACAGUGUUAUCUACAAUGAAAUCACAAGAAGUUGUUGUUCUCUGUGGAGAUGGCCGGUGUGACUCUCCGGGGCACUCAGCCAAAUACUGUACAUACACUUUUUUAGACGCACAAAGCCAAAAGGUUGUGGACUUCAAGGCAGUUUUUCAGGAUGGGGAGAGUGUUGGUGAACCCAAGUUCAAAAUCUCAUGGAGCAAAGUCCACAAGACAUUCAGAGCAAGACCAGUGCCUGUUGAAAAGGACUAUAGCUACAUGACAGCUAUGACUGCAGAUGUUCUCUCCUCUGUGUUAGAUUCAAAACAGGUCAUGGACAUGAGAAUUAAUCCAACACAUGUCAUGGCUCCACAAGAGAGACUAUCCAGAUCACAGAUCAUUUUCAAACACAGCAGUUUUCACGUUUCAAGUAGCUGCAUCAUUACGAACACAUGACGUACACACCAGCAUAGUUCAAAUGCACAGUAUCUUUAAUUUUUAAUUCUAGUCAAGCACACGUAGUACUUCAAACAUACAUUUGAUAUUGGAGUACAUGCAACAUUUUUUUUUAAACUAACAUUUAAUAUGAUAUCCUAUUUUGUUGCAUAGCUUGUUUUCUUGACAAAAUGCCUUCAAAUGUCAACUAUUCAGCUAUAGGUCAUUAAAAUCUCCCCAUGCCUCAUCUACUUCUGCAUGAUCAGUGUCUUCAUAUUCAAACCCUGUAUAGAUUCCACUUGGUUCAGAGUAGACGUUUCUUAUUUUGUUAACUGCACAUGAUGGAAUGGCUCUGCGGACUCUUCUCCCUAGCCAGCCAUGCAUCCACCAUGUAAACUGACGAUAUGAGGCAUAUCUGUAAGACCUAAAAGGCAGAAUUUUUAAAACAAUUAUACUAUUAUAAUUAUACUAUAUAUUAUACUGUUAUGAAAAAAUGAUUUAAGCUGUUUGUCUUAACCAUUAAAACAGCUGAAGCCGUCACUGGAAGCGCACAGUCCAGUUAACUUUUUUCCACUAUUUGUAGGCUACAGUGUAGGUAGGCUACCAUGUAGGCAUACUUAAGUAACCAUGUUCAAGUUUGACUUGCCUAUUAGUGACCUGGUUGCGAUUUGGUAGACCAGCACUAUGCCGGUCAUGGAGGCUGACAAGGGCAGCCCAUAAAACAUCUUGAUUGAGGCAAACUGCGUUAAAGUUUUCAUGUGCAGUGAUACACGGAGUAUCUGUAAAUAUAACCAAAGCAUCUUUUUAUAGCGUUUUACUAUAUAUUCUCAUCAGAAUCACAAUCAGCUUUAUUGGCCAUUUGACUCUGGUAAUCUUUGCUCUCAAAGUACAACACUCAGAAUAAAAACAUAAAGGACAGUAAGACAUAU